CCGCAGCGCCAGGCUGGCAGGCCGGCCACUGCCAGUGCCAGUGCCGCAGACAGAGACACAAGGAAGCAGGAGAGCUCACUGGAUUGCGAGCUCCUCACUCCUCGAAUCCGUCGCCUCCCUACCCCCCAUGGCGGCUGCCACCACCUCCACCCCAUCCGAACCCUAGCUCGGCGGACCACCACCACCAGCCCGGCUUCAGAUCUCUCGCGUCCACGUCACGUCGCAGCACAUACAUGGCGGCGGACGCGGGGCGGGGCCCCCGCGGGCAACGGAAGCGCGGCGGCGGGGGCGGGGGCGCCGCGCGGGUGCGCCCGCGCGCCUGGUGCUGCUCCUUCGCCGGCGCGCCAGACAGCCCCGACCUCCGCCCGCUCCCGCCUUCCGCCGCGGCGGCGGCGUCCCCGGCGGCGGGGCGGAAGCUGCCGCCCAAGUCUCCGUCGGCGCCGUCCUUCCACGGCUCGCCGACCUCGUCUAGGCUCGCGGGCCUCGGGGGGCUCAUCGACCCGCGCCGCAUCCUCUCGCCGGGCCGCGUCUCCCCCAUCGACCCCGACGGCGCGGUCCCGCCGCCCCUCCCGCUCCCGCUCCCCGCGCCGCCGGCGGCGCCCGCGGCCGCGACCGAGGACCCGUCUGCCGUGGUCCCUGCGGAGCAGCCGGCGGCGGUGCCGGCGUUGGCGUCAGUGUCGGUGGCGCCGCUGGUGGCCGUGCGGGAGGAGGGUCCCGGCGCCGGCGGUGGCGCGCUGGAUCUGAGGCUUUUACUCCGGGGGAGGGAUGGGAGGUGCGUGCACAUGGAGCUGGACUCCAGGGUGCUGUGCGGGUGCAGCGCCUUCUUCGCCACCAUGGCACCCGGCGUGGACGCUGUGGCAGGCGGUGGCGGGGGCGGUGGCGGGAAGAGGAUCGAGGUGGAUGGGGUGGAGAAUUUGGAUGCUUUCAGGGCCGCGGUGGAGCUUAUGUACGAGCCGGAUCCGAUGCGGUGGCUUGCAGCUGCCGGUGUGUCGCGCGCCAUCGAUGUGCUGGAGGUAUGUUCCUCAAUUGUGUUCAACAGAGGAAUCAAAUCAUGUUUGGCAUACAUAGAAGCUGUUCCCUGGAGCGAGAAUGAGGAGGAGAAGCUAAAGAAUCUCUUUGCAAGAUUAACGUUUGAUGAAGAAAUAUCCCAGGAUAUACUAGCAAGAUUGCGACCCCACAGCUGGAAAAGCUCAGAUGACCUCAUGGUGCAGCUUAUCCAAUCUGUCACUAGCAGCACAAAAAAUGGGGCGAGAAAAGACAUGCAAUCUUUGGUAAAUGGUCUUCUAAGCAAAAGUUCAGUGUAUCAAAAGGACUCAUCAGGGCUAAACAAGGAGAGCCUGUACCAGAUCUGUUAUUCAUGUUUGGAGUCACUGGUUGAUCUCUUCGAAGAGGCCAUAGAAUCAACAGAUCACACAGGUCAGGCUGUGGUACUUAGAGGGAGUAGACCGCUGAUUGAGCGAGUCUCUAGCCAAACAGAAAACCUCAACUGGCUCUUAGACAUUCUUGUAAACAAUGACAUGGCAGAAGAAUUCGUAGAACUGUGGGCAAAACAUGAGCGGCUCAUCAGGAUGCAUGAGCAAGCAUCACCAAUGAUCAGGUAUGAGCUAAGCAGAAUAUCAGCCUGCGUGUUCAUUGUGCUUGGCAAAGGAAAAGUGCAGUGUCGUGGCGACAUACGAAGCCUGCUCUUUCAAGCAUGGUUCAGCACGAUGCUGUUGGAUUUUGGCUGGCUUCAGCGCUGUUCCAAAGGUCUAGAUAUCAGAUCACUGGAGGAGAAUUUAGGGCGAGGCCUUCUAACCCUCCCUCUCAGGCAGCAGCAGAGUUUGUUCGAGGAAUGGUUCCAGUUCUAUGCAACCAAAGGAGCUGAGUGUCCGAACCUUAUUAGAGCUUUCCAGGUAUGGUGGAGAAGGUCUUUCGUUAGAUCAUCGGUAGAACCUCGAAGCUAAUGUUUUUCCUUGAUCUACUAGUAUUUGCUGUGUGUAUGAUUUGUAAGAUUGGAACUGUUGUGAUGACCUCUGUAGAGUUGAAUGUUGUUUUCUGUAGUUUAGCUCUUCCCAUUGUAUGUGAAUAGCUGGGUGAAUUUGUUUGAGGAAUGGAUAGCAGCUUUGAUGUGUGGUUUAGCAGCAGGUGGUAUCAUUUUCUAAACUGCUACUCCCUCUAGUGGUAAAUAAUUAACAUUUUAGGCAA